AUGUCUGACAUCGAUGGUAUGAAUGUUGACCACGAAAGUGGAGGCCAACCUGAUCGAGCCGAGAUCGAGCGCCAACUCGACGAGGAGUAUCCAAAUAGGCCUUAUAACAAACAUAGAGCACUGCCUUUUCAUACGCUGAUCAGAGAUCUGUUCCAGCCACUCCUGGAUAACAGAAGAACGAAGACCACUAACCCUGCAGGCGUUAAUCGAAGAAAGCUUGGUCCCGAUGGCCAGAGCACAUCUCCUUCUGAAAUGCGAAGGGCCAUCAUUGAACGCUAUAUCUCACGCUGGAGGAGGGAUGUUGGCCCGGAUUUCUUUCCUGCCUUUCGUCUCAUCAUCCCCGACAAAGACCGGGAACGUGGAGUGUAUGGCCUGAAGGAGAAAAUCCUCGCCAAACUCCUGGUCAAAGUCUUGAAGAUUGAUAAAAAUUCGGAAGAUGGACAGAACCUUCUGGAUUGGAAGCUUCCUGGCAAAGGCAGUGGUUCUAAUUCUUCGGGGGACUUUGCACUUCGUUGCCAUGAGGUCCUCGCCAAGCGAGAAAUGAGAACAGGUUAUGGGGACAUGGGCAUCGAUGAGGUUAACGAACUGCUUGACAAGUUGUCUGCUGCCCCCAGAGAAGAACAUCAGCUACCUAUUCUGACCGAGUUUUAUAAACGGAUGAACGCGGAUGAACUUACGUGGCUGAUUCGCAUCAUUCUGAAAUCGAUGAAGGUGGGUGCUACCGAGAAGACAUUCUUUCAUAUCUGGCAUCCAGAUGCAGAAAAUCUUUUCAAUAUAUCGAGCAAUCUGCGAAGAGUUUGCUGGGAGCUCUGGGAUCCAGACAAACGUCUCGACAAGGAGGAAAGCGGAAUCGCCCUGAUGCAAUGCUUUCAGCCUCAACUAGCUCAAUAUACCCAAGCAUCUUUGAAGAAGGUCGUACAAAAGCUGCAGCCAACACCUGAUGAACAAGAAUUCUGGAUCGAGGAGAAGCUCGACGGAGAACGUAUGCAGUUGCAUAUGAUAACUGACGAUAAAGUGGUUGGGGGGAAACGAUUCCAAUUCUGGUCACGAAAAGGUAAAGACUAUACCUACCUCUACGGUAAUGGGCUCUACGAUGACAAGGGAGCUCUCACCCAAUUCCUCAAGAACUGUUUCAAGGAGGGAGUCGAAAAUAUCAUACUCGACGGUGAAAUGAUCACCUGGGAUCCCAAAGAAAACGCCCCUGUCCCUUUCGGCACGUUGAAGACCGCGGCUCUGGCAGAAACACGAAACCCGUUCGCUGAAGGGCAGCGGCCUCUCUUUCGCGUCUUUGAUAUCCUUCUGUUGAAUGACAAGGUCCUGACGCCGUAUGUCCUUUCUGAUCGUCGAAGGGCGUUGGACGAAUGUGUUCAAUCUGAGCCGGGUCGCCUAGAAGUACACCCAUAUAAGGUCGCGACUGGGCCAGAGGAGGUCGAAACUGCUCUUCGUGAAGUCAUUGCAGAAGGCGCAGAAGGGUUGGUGCUCAAGAACCCUCGCGGAGCAUAUAAGCUGGAUGAUCGCAAUGGAGACUGGCAAAAGAUCAAGCCUGAGUACAUGAAAGAUCACGGCGAAUCACUUGACUGUCUCAUCAUUGGGGGGUUUUAUGGUUCGGGAAGAAGAGGUGGCCAAUUAUCAAGCUUCAUGUGCGGGUUACGCGUUUCUGGGUCGGUAAAUGUCCAAAGUCAGAGUCAAAAUCGAAGCCAGACCCAGGAGCAGGGUCAAUCUCAGAGCACCGGUUCGUCUCAGAAAUUCCUAUCAUUCUUCAAGGUCGGAGGUGGUCUCAAUGCCAAUGAUUACGCAACGAUUCGUCAUGACACAGAUGGCAAGUGGCAUAAAUGGGAUACCAAACGACCUCCAACGAAGUAUAUCGACCUUGGUGGGACUCAAGCGCACUUCGAGAAGCCCGACAUGUGGAUCAAGCCCGAGGACUCGCUUGUGGUUGAAGUGAAAGCCGCGCAGGUUGUUCCAAGUGACGACUAUGGUUGUGGUAUGACCCUGCGGUUUCCUCGAUUCAAGAGGCUCCGGCGUGACAGAGACUGGACGAAUGCGCUUUCGAUGGAAGAGUUUCAAGACAUCCGCAAGACGAUCGAGGAUACAGUGAAGCAAAAGGCUCUAGCUAUUGACGAGAAGAAGAAAGAGAAACGUAAGGCAACCUCGCGGAAGAAAGUGGUCACCGUCGCAGGCUACAAUGCUAAAGAAGUGAACAAUGUCAAGCUUCCAGUCGGACCGCAAGGGAAUGUCUUUGCAGGGCUAACAUUUUAUAUCGUGACCGAGUCCACACCACCUGCGCCAAAGAAGUCAAAACUGGAACUCGAGGCCUUGGUCAAGGCGAAUGGUGGCAAAAUCGUCCAGACGCACACCGUGGUCAAAGAUACCGUUUGCAUAGCGUCCAGAAGGACGGUCAAAGUGGCGAGUCUCGAAAAGUCGGGCGAAAAGGAGAUUGUCAAGCCGAUCUGGAUCUUCGACAGCCUUGACCAAGCACGGCACGAUUUCGCAACGGGCUAUCCGGAGGCAGUGGUGCCCUUCGAACGAGGGCGUCAUCUAUUCUUCGCGCCGAAGGGCUUGGCUGAUUGCUGGGUCGAAAAUGUAGACGAGUACGGCGAUAGUUUCGCCAGGGACGUGACCAUGGACGAACUCAGAGAUAUCAUGGACAAGAUGGACGAGAUUGAAGACGUCGACGACGGUGACGGAGAAGAGAGUAGGAUUCCCGAUCUGUUUCCCGAAUAUCUCGACAUGAAAGGUUUCAUGUUUCGAGGUCUUGUUCUGGUCUUCGACACGCCCGCAUCGAACAUGACGGCGACAACACCGUCAACGUCAAACCAAAAUGGGUUGAAAGAGUCCAAUCCAGGGACCGCGGCGGGCCACGAAUACACGGACAUCACGACGCGCAACAUUGCAUCGUUCGGCGGAGCGAACAUCCUACCGUAUACUGAAGUGACCGCGAUUCCUGACAAAGAGAAACCCGAUGUGACACAUAUCAUUGCUCACGCAGAUUCCGACCUGAAGGCGCUGAGACGUGAAGUCUCACGUUGGCCGGGUCGACGAAUCCCUCGGAUAUUGAGGGCGACUUGGAUUCAAGACUGCUGGAAAGAAGGGACCAAGGUCGACGAAGAAGCCUACGUUGCGAGGUAGGGUUGAUCUUUCGACCAGCCCAGAGAGUACGAAAAGUCACGGCGGUUGAUCGGCACAGGACGUGAGUAUUCUUGGAGCAAUCGGACCUUUUUUUUUAUUCUUGUGGAAC